UGGUUAAGAAAAAAGAAAAAAGAAAAGGUGGUUCCCUUGCUGCACCGGGCUGACAGCUGAGAGCCGCACAGGUAACCAGCUAACACAGGGCUCCCGCUAGUCUACCUAGCGACACUUCUGUCUCUGCCGUGAUACGUGUGGAGGUGAAUCCACGUCCCGCAUCAUCGCAUCCCGCUCAGGUCACCUUAACGCUCGGUCCUACCGGCAUUUUCCAGGCCCCCCCUCCCAGUCUCCGAAGAUGAUACCUGGCAAACGAAGAGCUGCAGUCAUGUCCUUCUCGGUGGCGAUAUUUGGAGCCCUAAUGCUGCAGUCUGUCUCCUCCCAGAACGAGCCGUCCAUUUCCGCCUCUGAACACGCCACACUUCCUGUGGAAGGCGACUCUUACACACUGCAGUGCAACCUGACCAGCGCCCACAGUGUGCACGAGGAGAGCUACUGGAUGAAGAACGGGGAGGAGAUCCCGGAAACACGCAGCCCAAACAGGAACACUGAGUACAAGCUGACGAAACCAAGAGGAGAUGCCGCCGGAUGGUACAUGUGUGUCUACACCUUCGAGAUGGCUCCUCCAGCAAACGCCACCAUAGAAGUUAAAUCUGCUCCUGACAUUACAGGCCACAAGCGCAGUGAGAAUAAGAACGAGGGCCAACUUGCUGUUCUCUACUGUAAGUCUGUGGGCUAUCCUCACCCGGUCUGGACCUGGCGUAAGUUAGACAACGGCAUUCCCAGGGAAAUUGACAACUCAAGCGGACGUUUCUUCAUUAGCAGCAGAGACAACUACACCGAGCUCCACAUUGUGGAGCUGGACAUUACCUUAGAUCCAGGCGAGUACCACUGCAAUGCCACCAACAUGCUCGGCAGCCGUGACGAGAAGAUCGUGCUGAGGGUUCGAAGCCACUUGGCCCCCUUAUGGCCUCUUCUGGGGGUUUUGGCCGAGAUCAUCAUCCUGAUCGUCAUCAUCGUUGUUUAUGAGAAGCGUAAGAAGCCGGAGGAUUUACAAGACGGUCCAGUCAAAACUAAUUCAACCAACAACCACAAAGACAAGAAUCUCCGCCAGAGGAAUACAAACUGAGCAGCCUGUCUGCUGAGCUUCAUUGCACAUGUAUUGACCAUAUGAAGGUAAACGAGAAGGGAGUCCAUACCAGUUGUAAAGAGGAUGUAUCUGCCACUACAAGUAUGGUUGAGGAGGAGUUCAAUGAGGCAUGCCUUAUGAUUCUAUUGUGUGAGGGUGCGAAUAUGGAAUAUGAAAUUAACAUUAUAACCAUUGUUGCUGCAUGCAGUUGUGACGUUAGAGAUUUUUCUUUUCCCCUCUUAUCCACUAAUUUUACAUUUUUACUAUUUCUAAAAUAAUGCAUGCUAGAUGUUGACCUUCUGUUUGAUACAGAAACGGCUUUUUUUUCUUUUUUUUUCUGGGAGUGGCUUCAUUUAGAUAAUCCGUACUGUGUGUUCUAGAGGAAAAACAAAACUUGGCAAUGUAAACAAAAUGCCUCCAUAAUUGGGUAUGACAGUUGUGUACAGUUUUAUCAUACCACUGCAUACCAUUUUAUCAGAAAAUAUCUAUUGCAUUUUAAGGGCUUUGCAAUGUCCCUCUAAAUUUGAAUAAGGUUUUCUUUACUGUAUGUAUUAAAUCACUAUAACAAUGUAUCAGAUCACCAAUAAUAUAGACUUCAUAUGAUAUGAUGCACUUAAAUGUUGAAGAUAAUAAAACACUGUUUAGACCGACUUUAGGAAAUAUGUACUAACCAUUCUAACAUAUUGUUUUAUAAUCAUGUGUAUUGUACAGCAUGGCUAUUAUCCUAUGCAAUUAUUAUCCAUAUCAAUAUAUUGAAAACCAUCGCAGCUUUUGAUUUCUCUGUGACAAAGCUUUAAACUAGUAGGAUCACCGUAGAGCGUUGAUGGCGUACUACACAGCUGCAUGAAUUCUCUAUAGCUGACGUGGGAGGCGGCGAACGUCAGGACUGAUACAUGUGAAGCAAUUCAAAGAUCCCCGACUCAUUUUUAAGAAUAAAUAUCUCAAAAAAGGAA